CAAUUGGUGGCGGCAAUGCACUUGACAGUUGUUGGCCAACCGCAAAUAAACACUAACGAAGAAGAAACUGACCCCACCACCCCUCCGGCGGGGAUCUUCAGCAUAGCGAUGGAGGCCUGGUACAUGGACAGCUCCGAGGAGGACCAGAGGAAGCCGCACAGGCUGAACCCCAACGAGCCCGUCUCACUGGACCAGCUGAAGAAGCUCGGGGUGUUCUACUGGAAGCUGCAGGCCGACUGCUAUGAAACCGACCCGGAGCUGGAGCAGAUUCGCAAAGACCAAGGCUACUCCUACAUGGACAUCAUCUCCAUUCACAAGGACACUCUGCCCAACUACGAGGAGAAGCUGAAGAUGUUCUUUGAGGAGCACCUGCACCUGGAUGAUGAGAUCCGCUACAUCCUGGACGGCCAGGCCUACUUUGAUGUCCGGUGCGGAGACGAGCGCUGGAUCCGGAUCGCCAUGAAGAAGGGGGACCUGAUCACUCUGCCAGCCGGCAUCUACCACCGCUUCACCCUGGACGAGACUAACUACACCAAAGCCAUGAGGCUGUUCGUGGGGGAGCCGGUGUGGAAAGCUUACAACCGGCCCGCCGACGACUUCGACGCCCGGCAGAAGUACUUGGCUUCUCUGCAGGAACCCGGAGAGAAAACCGCGUGACGCUCUCACCCACCACCGGGUGGGCUCUAAAGGUGAUUCUGUAGAGCAGGGGGGGUCUGCAACCUGUUAGGAAAUGUUCUUCUCAAAUAAAGUUAACAUGAAUCGAUUUGUUAACAGAGUAGCUUGGGGUCUGCGGAGGAGCGGACAAUCCAUGGCCUCCUGUCUACAUACAGGGGCUUGGGGCUUUUAUUUUGAAACUUGACAGUGUUGAGUUAAAAAGCAAUCCCUUUUUUAAUGUCCAACUUUCAAACUUGGUAGUGUUGCUGGUGUAGGGGACUAGUUCGCAGGACUAGUGGGGCGGCUUAGGAUAUAGGUGAUGGGGGUCCCUUUAUGAGCUGGUAUUGUAACCAUGGCAACACAGUGGUGUUGAGGGGUUAAAGAUGACACGUGUCAGUGUCAUGGGUGAUUUGUUUGUGAGAGUGGAAUAAACGGCCGCACAGGUGUGCAGCCAAAGAGA